AUGCUUCAACAGAUUGAAGACAAGCCCAAAAUCAAAUUUUGCCAUAUUAUUAGCAGAUUGAAGAACAAGGACCCAGUCGGAAUACUUAAGGAUGAUAAUGCCUCGGAAGUCGUUGAGAAUAGCAAGAAAGCCGAGUAUUGUAACUUGUUCUUUGCUUCGGUAUUCACUAGAGAAACCAAGCUUCAGUUUGACAAUGUUAACUAUACUGCUGCAGAAGCUAGUCCAGUGCUCAAGUCUUUAGUAUUCCCAACUUCGGUAGUUGAAAGAGAGCUGCAAACCCUCAAAGAAGCAAGGUCAGCCAGUUCAGACAAUAUACGGGCCAAGUUCUUGAAAGAAUCGGCAAGUGAGCUCUCAAAGCCCCUAGCACACUGUUCUCUUGUCCUUCAUGUGAAUUAG